ACACACUCACUUCAGUGCUGCAGGACUGGAUGAGAGGAACUGAGAUAUAACCACUCCAGCACCAUCCAUCAUCAGAGCUACAGAGCCAUCUCAGCCCGUCACGGCGCUCGCCAGCUGUUAACAGCACUAUGGCACAAGCCGCCAAACAUCUGCGCAAGAAUAAGGAUUUAGAGGCGCUCGCCGAACAGGAGCGGAAGGAGAAAGAGGAAGAGAAGGCGAAGAAAAGAAGCCGCUCGCGGGAUAAAAAGCGCAAGGCCCACGUCGUUCAUCGCUGGCUAAUCGAUCAGGACAAUAGUGUGAGCUCUGAGCUGCCGGAUGGCCAGGGAGUGUGGCACUAUGAUGAAACAGCGGAUGCUGCCACCAGUUUCCUCCGUGCAGCUCGCUCAGGUAAUCUGGAAAAGGCUCUAGACCACAUCAAGAAUGGCAUCGACAUCAACACUGCCAAUCAGAAUGGACUCAACGGGCUGCACUUGGCCUCGAAAGAAGGCCAUGUUAAAAUGGUGCUGGAACUACUGCACCAAGGUAUUGUUCUUGAGACGUCCACAAAGAAAGGAAAUACUGCUCUUCACAUUGCAGCGUUAGCUGGACAGGAACAGGUGGUCACAGAGCUGGUUAACUAUGGAGCUAAUGUCAAUGCUCAGUCUCAGAAGGGCUUCACUCCUCUCUACAUGGCUGCACAAGAGAAUCACCUGGAGGUUGUGAAGUUUCUCCUGGAUAACGGAGCCAAUCAGACCAUUCCAACUGAGGAUGGCUUUACCCCUCUUGCUGUGGCUCUUCAGCAGGGCCAUGAGAAUGUGGUGGCCCUGCUCAUCAACCACGGUACCAAGGGCAAGGUCCGCCUUCCUGCACUGCAUAUAGCUGCCCGAAACAAUGACACCCGAACUGCCGCUGUGCUUUUACAGAAUGACCCAAAUCCUGAUGUCUUAAGCAAGACAGGCUUCACACCACUCCAUAUCGCAGCCCACUAUGAAAACCUGAAUGUUGCCCAGCUACUCCUAAACAGAGGAGCUGAUGUGAACUUCACGCCCAAGAAUGGGAUCACACCUCUACAUAUUGCAUCCAGGAGAGGAAAUGUUAUCAUGGUCAGACUUCUGCUGGACAGAGGAGCAAAGAUUGAUGCCAAGACAAAAGAUGAGUUGACUCCUCUUCACUGUGCUGCCAGAAAUGGCCAUGUGAGAAUAAUCGAGAUCCUUCUGGACCAAGGAGCCCCAAUACAGGCCAAGACUAAAAAUGGCCUUUCUCCAAUACAUAUGGCAGCCCAGGGAGAUCAUUUGGAAUGCAUCAGACAGCUCUUACAGUACAAUGCAGAGAUUGAUGACAUCACUCUCGACCACCUGACCCCACUGCAUGUGGCAGCACACUGUGGACAUCAUCGCAUGGCCAAGGUGCUCCUGGAUAAAGGAGCCAAACCAAACACCCGUGCUUUGAAUGGCUUCACGCCACUCCAUAUUGCCUGUAAGAAGAACCACAUGCGUGUGAUGGACCUACUGUUAAAGCAUUCUGCAUCCCUGGAGGCUGUAACCGAGUCAGGACUGACCCCACUGCAUGUGUCCUCCUUCAUGGGUCAUCUGAAUAUAGUGAAGAUACUGAUGCAAAAAGGAGCUUCACCACAUGCCUCAAAUGUGAAAGUUGAAACACCUUUGCACAUGGCAUCUCGAGCUGGUCACUGUGAGGUUGCUGAGUUCCUGUUGCAGAAUGCAGCUCCAGUGGACGCCAAAGCCAAGGAUGACCAGACGCCGCUACACUGUGCUGCCCGCAUGGGCCACAACGAGAUGGUGAAGCUACUGCUGGAGCACAAGGCAAACCCCGACUCCACCACAACAGCAGGACACACUCCACUGCACAUCGCUUCUCGUGAGGGACACACACAGACCACCAGCAUCCUACUGGACAUGAACGCCCAACUCACCAAAAUGACCAAGAAAGGCUUCACACCCCUUCAUGUAGCAGCCAAAUACGGAAAGUUGGAUGUAGCAGUGCUGCUUUUAGAGAGAGGAGCCAACCCAAACGCGGCAGGAAAAGUUGGACUCACACCGUUGCACGUGGCUGUCCAUCAUAACAACCUCGAUGUGGUCAAUCUUUUUCUCAGCAAAGGCGGAUCACCACACAGUGCUGCUCGGAAUGGCUACACUCCGCUCCACAUUGCUUCCAAACCGAACCAGGUGGAGGUAGCGAGCAGUUUACUGCAGCAUGGAGCUUCUCCCAAUGCUGAGUCAUUGCAAGGGGUCACACCGUUACACCUAGCCUCCCAAGAGGGCCAACCAGAUAUGGUGUUGCUGCUUAUCUCAAAGCAGGCCAAUGUAAAUCUGGGAAAUAAGAGUGGUCUCACUCCUCUUCACCUCGUGGCUCAGGAGGGUCAUGUUGGCAUUGCUGAAAUACUAGUGAAACAUGGGGCGUCUGUCUACGCUGCCACACGAAUGGGUUACACUCCACUUCAUGUGGCUUGUCAUUAUGGCAAUGUCAAGAUGGUUAAGUUCCUCUUACAGCAACAGGCCAAUGUAAACUGCAAGACCAGGAUGGGAUAUACGCCGCUACAUCAGGCUGCUCAGCAAGGCCAUACGGACAUUGUGACGCUUCUCCUGCAACAUGGUGCAGAACCAAAUGAAAUUACGUCUAAUGGCACGUCAGCUCUUGCCAUCGCGAAGCGCCUUGGAUACAUCUCAGUCAUUGAUGUGCUCAAACUGGUCGCUGAAGACACAGUUACCAUGAGCACCACAGAAAAGCAUCGCAUGAGUUUCCCUGAGACAGUUGAUGAGAUCUUAGAUGUGUCUGAAGAUGAAGGAAUUGCACAGCUUUCGUUAGGCGAGGAGCUGCUGGGGAACGAAGGUGCCAGGUAUUUGAAGAUGGAGGACUUAAAGGACCAUGAUGAGGAUUUCCUUUCUCCCAAGAAUGUUCUAGAGAUCCCCUGUGUAUCUCCUGAAACAGUCAUGCUGAAAGAACAUGAACUGGAGCAGCAGCACACGCCACUUCCUUUGGCCAAGGAGUAUGAUGAAGAUUCACUGAUCCCCAGCAGUCCAGCCACAGAGACGUCAGACAAUGUCAGUCCAGUAGCAAGUCCCAUCCACACCGGAUUCCUGGUGAGCUUCAUGGUAGAUGCUCGUGGCGGCUCAAUGAGAGGCAGCAGACAUAACGGCCUGCGUGUCAUCAUUCCUCCUCGUACCUGUGCCGCUCCAACACGCAUCACCUGUCGCCUGGUGAAGCCGCAGAAGCUUGCCACACCACCUCCUCUGGUGGAGGGUGAGGGUCUCACCAGCCGUAUCAUCUCUCUUGGUCCAGCUGGCAUGCAGUUCUUAGGGCCUGUGAUUGUAGAGAUUCCCCAUUUCGCCGCACUUGGGCGGGGAGAUCAUGAACUAGUCGUCUUGAGGAGUGAGAAUGGAUCAGUCUGGAAGGAGCAUCGUGAUCGAUAUGGUGACGAGGUCCUGGAGACCAUCCUCAAUGGCAUGGAUGAAGACCUUGAGAGUCAAGAGGAACUUGGGAAGAAAAGAAUCCGGCGCAUCAUCUCGACCGACUUCCCGCUCUACUUUGCCGUGGUGUCCCGUAUCCAGCAGGAGAAUGAUCUGAUUGGCCCAGAAGGGGGUUAUCUCACCAGUAAGCUGGUGCCCAUGGUCCAGGCCAGUUUUCCUGAGACAGCUGUCACCAAGCGUGUCCGUCUCGGACUGCAGGCACAGCCAGUCCCUGAUGAGCUGGUGGCCAAGCUUCUAGGGAACCAAGCCACAUUCAGUCCUGUCGUGACUGUAGAGCCUCGUCGGCGCAAGUUUCACCGUCCCAUCGGCCUGAGGAUUCCACUGCCUCCCUCCUGGAGGGAAAGUCCACGGGAUGCUGGCGAGGGCGACACCACCAGCCUCCGCCUGCUAUGCAGUGUCAUCGGUGGCACAGCUCAAGCUCAGUGGGAAGAUAUAACUGGCACCACUAAACUUAUUUAUGCCAAUGGCUGUGCCAGUUUCACCACCAAUGUCUCUGCCCGUUUCUGGCUGGCAGACUGUCCUCGGACUGCAGAGGCCGUGUCCUUUGCCAACCUUCUGUACCGUGAGCUGUCAGCUGUGCCGUACAUGGCCAAGUUUGUAGUUUUUGCAAAGAUGAAUGAAGCACGAGAGGGUCGACUCCGCUGUUAUUGCAUGACUGAUGACAAAAUGGACAAAACCCUGGAGCAGCACGAGAACUUUACUGAAGUGGCUCGCAGUAGAGACAUCGAGGUCAUGGAGGGAAUGCCGCUGUAUUUGGAGUGUUCAGGAAACUUGGUUCCCAUAAGGAAGGCAGCACAGCAGCCCCGCUGUUUCAGCUUCCAAGCCUUCAGGGACAACAGACUGCCUGUGUCUGUCAAGGUGAGGGACAGCAGUAAAGAUCCCUCUGGUUUGUUGUCUUUCUUGCGCAAAUCAACCAAAUACGAAGAUAGUCAACAUGUGUUGUGCAACCUCAGCGUAACCAUGCCGCCUUGCAUCAAGAUUAUAGGAAGUGAUGAGCGAAGGAGAACUCUGACUCCUUUAGCUCUGAGGGAAAGAUACAGUGCUCUAAAUGAACCAGCCAUGGCAUCACUGAGCGCCAUGGAAAGGAUGGAGUUAAAGAUGGCUUUAAUAGCUGAACAGUUAGGCCUGAGCUGGGCUGAGUUGGGACGUGAACUGCAGUUUAAUGUAGAUGAAAUAAAUAAGAUCCGUGUGGAGAAUCCCAACUCCCUUUUAGAGCAGAGCUCAACAUUGCUCAACCUGUGGACCACUCGAGAGGGGAAGAAAGCCAAAAUGGACAGCCUGUACGUGGCCCUCAAGAGCAUUGACCGAGUGGACAUUGUGAACAUGUUGGAGGGCCAGGGACCACCAACAGGUCAGCAGGCAGGCUGGGAACAAGAUGCUUCCAGGUCUAGGCAUCAUGAGAGAGACCAUCUAUCUCCUGGCAUCACAAAUGGUUACGGGCUGGUGGUACAGGAAGAACUAGUCUCACCGGCCUCCAUGCAGUAUAGUCUACCUUCACCACUGGGCAAUGAGCCCUACUGGCAGGAAGUGUCAAGCAUGGAGUGUGCACCCAUCGCUACCACUGAAGAGGACACACUCAUGGAGAUGUCUGAGGUACAGGUUUGGCCCUCAGGCAAUAGUCCUUCCAUUGUGGCCGUAGAGGACUCCUCACUUGAGUGCAGCAAUGCUGAUGACUCCGAGGCACUACUGAACAGGAGCCUGGGCCACUCGAGGAGCGGUACUCCUGGUGCAAACGGACCAGUGGGACUUGCUACUCAGGGAGGGUUAAGUGGUUCCAUUGAGCUACUUGAGGAUCAAUCCAUUGGGGCGGAUUCAGAUUACAGUGCUGCUGGGAUGCUGUGUCUGAGCGAAGGGGUCAACAUCAAUGCUCUGGACAGAGGUCAGGGGUCGGAGAGGUUAGAAGGUGCUGUAGGCCAAGAAGUCAACAACAUUAAAGAUGAUACCAGUGGAGGUUUGGGAGAAGGAGUAGGUGAUGACACAAACAUAGAAGAUAGCAUGUCUCUCAUUUCAGGGCAACAGCGAGUUUAUGCUCAAUUGAGUGAGUCACCUGUGCUAAGAAGACGGGCAGAUCCUGGUGAUGACAGGUUAAGUGGUGGGUCCUUCCUAUCUUAUCUACAGGAUCAGGGGGCUCCAGGUUGGCACUCUGCCCCAGAACAAAACCAGAACAUAGUGGGAUCUCUACAGUGCUUUCUUCCUAGACUGGCAAUGGAGUCUAUGAUGUCAUCAGUAAGAGACACAGUGGACAAUGAUUCUAAGCAGUCUUGCCUAGCCCAGGAAGCCCUUAUUGAACCGGUGCGGGACAUGGGGCAUUCUGAGAUCAUCCACGGGCAUUAUCAGGGAACUCAACCUUUUGAGAAAGGACUAGGCUUCCCGCACAGAGCAGCUAACAUUCGGGCUUGGGAAGACAUGAGUCUUAGAGGACAGGGUGAUGAGGCAGAGGAUCUUCCAGGAGAGCAAGUGAGCGAGGAGCAAUUUACAGAUGAGCAUGGCAACAUCGUAACCAAAAAGAUUGUGAGGAAGGUGGUCCGGAGAGGAAAAGGGGAUGAAGGGGGUCAGGAGCUCAUCAUAGAAGGGCAGGAUAUCAAUGAGGCAGACGCGGAUGGAGAACAGUUCAUGAGAUAUGCCGUCCUGGGCCAUGACAGCAAGCCGGAUGUUGUGAAUGUGAAGAGGGGAGGUGCUCAAAUAGUCAAAUGUGUGAGUCUGCGGAGAGUAAAGCAGUGAGUCUGACUCACUCCUCCCUGCAGGACUUGACACCUACACCCAAACCAUCCUUCACUGACAAAUGAUGGGUGUCAAAUAAAGAAGAAAACUGAGUUAGAGCAUGGAGCGAUAGGCGAUGGAUAUCAACUACAAAAAGAGAUUUUCUGACUUUUUGUAACAAGCAAAGCAAACACUAGUGGCUAGAGGCAUGAUUUCCUAUAAAAUGAAACCAAAUAAUGAAAAAAAGCAAGCAUUUGAGAAGUGCUUCCUGUAAUCUCAAUAUCAGCAUGUGAAAGUGUUGUCGCAUGGCCUGCCUUUACAUACAGCACUGACUGCAAGCAAUUAUAUGAGGAGAGAAAAUACUGUCGUACUGCAAGGGCUGUAAAAUGGUGGGGGGAAGGACUUUGGCCAACUGGAUGCAUGCAUUUAACAUCAUGCAAGUGGAGCACAUGGGACACGAAAUCUAGUUUUAGUCAAAUCCAGCAAGAGUUUCCCGAAAUGUUGUCUUCCAAGCGAGUCCAGAAC